AUGGCUGAAGGUGUUUUUGCAGGUGCUAUCGGUAUCGAUUUAGGUACCACUUACUCAUGUGUUGCUACUUAUGACAAUGCUGUCGAAAUCAUUGCCAAUGAACAAGGUAACAGAGUUACUCCAUCAUUCGUUGCUUUCACUCCAGAAGAAAGAUUAAUUGGUGAUGCUGCUAAGAAUCAAGCUGCUUUAAACCCAAAAAACACCGUCUUCGAUGCUAAACGUUUAAUUGGUCGUCGUUACGAUGAUGAAUCUGUCCAAAAAGAUAUUAAAUCAUGGCCAUUCAAAAUUGUCGACUCAAAUGGUGCUCCAUUAAUUGAAGUUGACUACUUAGGUGAACAAAAAACCUUCUCUCCACAAGAAAUUUCAUCAAUGGUUUUAACCAAAAUGAAAGAAAUUGCUGAAGCUAAAAUUGGUCAAAAAGUUGAAAAAGCUGUUAUUACCGUCCCAGCUUAUUUCAACGAUGCUCAACGUCAAGCUACCAAAGAUGCUGGUGCCAUCUCAGGUUUAAACGUUUUACGUAUCAUUAACGAACCAACUGCCGCUGCUAUUGCUUACGGUUUAGGUGCUGGUAAAUCUGACAAAGAAAGACAUGUCUUAAUUUUCGAUUUAGGUGGUGGUACUUUCGAUGUUUCAUUAUUACACAUUGCUGGUGGUGUUUUCACCGUUAAAGCUACUGCUGGUGAUACUCAUUUAGGUGGUCAAGAUUUCGAUACCAACUUAUUAGAACACUUCAAAGCUGAAUUCAAAAAGAAAACUGGUAACGAUAUCUCAGGUGAUGCUAGAGCUUUACGUCGUUUAAGAACUGCUGCUGAACGUGCUAAACGUACUUUAUCAUCAGUUGCUACCACUACUGUUGAAGUUGAUUCAUUAUUCGAUGGUGAAGAUUUCGCUUCAAACAUCUCAAGAGCUCGUUUCGAAGAUAUCAACGCUGCUUUAUUCAAAUCUACUUUAGACCCAGUUGAACAAGUCUUAAAAGAUGCUAAAAUCUCAAAAGAUGCUGUUGAUGAAGUUGUCUUAGUUGGUGGUUCUACCCGUAUUCCAAAAGUUCAAAAAUUAUUAUCAGAUUUCUUCAACGGUAAACAAUUAGAAAAAUCUAUUAACCCAGAUGAAGCUGUUGCUUACGGUGCUGCUGUUCAAGGUGCUAUCUUAACUGGUCAAUCUACCUCAGAUGACACCAAAGAUUUAUUAUUAUUGGAUGUUUCUCCAUUAUCAUUAGGUGUUGCUAUGCAAGGUAACGUUUUCGCUCCAGUUGUUCCAAGAAACACCACUGUUCCAACCAUUAAAAGAAGAACUUUCACCACUGUUGCUGAUCACCAAACUACUGUUCAAUUCCCAGUUUACCAAGGUGAACGUGUUAACUGUACUGAAAACACUUUAUUAGGUGAAUUUGACUUAAAAGGUAUCCCACCUUUACCAGCUGGUGAACCAGUCUUAGAAGCUAUCUUCGAAGUUGAUGCUAAUGGUAUCUUAAAAGUUACUGCUGUUGAAAAAUCAACCGGUAAAUCUGCUAACAUUACCAUUUCAAACGCUGUUGGUAGAUUAUCAACUGCUGAUAUUGAAAAAGCUAUUGAAGAAGCUGAAAAAUUCAAAUCAUCUGAUGAAGCUUUCUCAAAACGUCAUGAAGCUAAACAACGUUUAGAAUCAUACGUUUCAUCAAUUGAAUCAACUGUUACUGACCCAGUCUUAUCAUCUAAAUUAAAACGUGGUUCAAAAGAUAAGAUUGAAGCUGCUUUAUCUGAUGCUUUAGCUGCUUUAGAAAUCGAAGAAUCAUCAGCUGAAGAUUACAGAAAAGCUGAAGUUGGUUUGAAACGUGUUGUUACCAAAGCUAUGUCUACUCGUUAA